AGAUUUGCAGAUUUGAGAGUUUUUAAGGAGUUAAAUCACUUUUAAGUUUUCAUCCCACAUCCGUUUUAAAGUUGAAAUAAAAUCGUGGCUCCUGUUAAUCAAAAUAGUUUUACUUCCAUUAAAAGUAAAAUGGCCUCAACUGGUGAUAUUUGGAUGCAAUGCUUUACCUGUUGCUUUCAACAACAGCAAUCACCCACACGUAGAAGACAUCAACGUUUGAGAAUCGAUCGAUCAAUGAUAGGCAACCCAACAAAUUUCGUGCACACUGGACACAUUGGUUCUGGUGAUGUAGAAUUAUCAACAAAUCACCUGAACGCAAUACAAACGCAAAUGCAAAGUAAAGGUGGCUACGAGAUGAAUUCAAUUCGAUUGCAGGCUUGCUGAUUAUGACAAAUGCUAUGCAUAUAUUGAAGAAGAUUUCUUAAUAAUUGCAACCGCAAGCGAGCAGUGCAAUUUAAAGGUCAUUCACAUGAAUCUCGUAUAUCUCGUAUAAAAAGUAUUUGGAAAUGCUCGCAGAGUUACGUCUAUAAUUCUAAGUUUAUAGAUUUAAUGAAAUAACAAUAUAAUACUAUUUAAAGGAUGUUGAAAAUGUAUAGCUAUCAAAAUGUGCCGAGAAUUUAAUUUUAAUAAUUGUAGUAAUAUUACAGUAACUUAAUUUUAAUAACGAAAACUAUGCAAUAUUGUUUAAUCUAAAAUGUUACAAUAACAAUCGUUAUACGUCUUGACUGAGUGCAUUUAUAACAUAUGCAAAACAUAUUCAAAACUGAACUAUUUUUCAUUUU